AUGGACAUCACCACUCUGGCCACUGCCUUCGAGCAAUGGGUCAACACAUUCGACAACAUCUCCAGGCAGUGCAGACAUAUCUCUGACCUUUCAGAUGGUAUUAUCCUGUUCGAAGUCGCUGCAGACAUUGACCCGAAGUGGUUCAAAUUGAUCCGCUCUGCCGAUAUGGGCGACAACUGGGUCCACAAGUACAACAAUCUGAAGAAGCUGCACAAGCUGGUCACCCGUUACCUCGAGGAGAAGCAGGGCCAGUCAUUGAGCAAGCUCGACCCACCCAACCUCAACAUGAUUGCCAAAGACGGCGAUUCCUUGGAGGUCCUGAAGCUCUGUGAGCUGGUGAUUGCUGUGGCGGUCCAGUGUGAUCGGAACCAACUCUAUAUCCAAAAGAUUCAGACCUUGCCAGAAAUCUCUCAGCAUGCACUUAUGAUCUCUCUCGAGCAGAUCAUUCUUGCUCUGAACAGCGGGUCUGCCAGAGAGUCUGAUAUGGAGGAGGUCAGCGUGGACCAAGAAUUGGCUCAACUGCAUCAGUCGCGCGAUGAACUCGAGCGUGGAAACCAAAGUUUGAUGCAGGAACUCUCCAACAUGAACAGAAAAUACGACGAGUUGUUGACAGAAAAGGAGGAGCUGAAGCAGAGGAUACGCGAUCUGGAAAAGGCCUCAGCACAUGCUUCGCAGAGCGGAAAGUCUGACUUCUUGAUGCGUACCGAAAUCGAUCACUUGCGCCAGGACUUGCGCAAGAGCGAGGACCGCAGACAAGAGCAGGAGACUCUAAUCAAUAACCAGCUGAAGGCGAUUUCCGACCUUUCAAGAGCCGAAGCUGAUUUGAGAGCCAAAGCUGAUGAGGCUGUGCGUUUGAAGGACAAGCUGGACGAGUACAAGCACGCAAUCGACAAACUCCAAAAGACAGAGAACGUGAUUGAAAAGUACAAGAAGAAGCUCGAGGAGGGCGCGGAUCUCCGUCGCCAGAUGAAGGCCCUCGAGGACCAGAACACGGAACUUCUGGAUCGCAACAAAGAGGUCGAGGGAGAGUACCGCAAGGUCCUUGCCUUCAAGUCAUUGAUGGAGUCGUACAAGGAGCAGAUUCAGGCGCUCGAGGACAAGAACAGCUCAUUGGCCAAGGAGAAGAACAAGAUCGAGUACGAGGCGCGUCUUCAGAACCAUCAGUUCCAGCAGAUCGAAGCCGAUCGGACGCGUGAUUCAGAGCAAAUUCAGCUCUUGGAGGACAAGAUCCGCGAGCUUGAGUUCUCGGGUGUCCACGAGGGCACACCACUCUCGAGUGAUCUUCAGGAUAUGGAGACUGACGACAUGGAGAGCUCAAUGAUGAGCCGAACAGCUCAGGCCACUGAGCUCAAGCUGACGAUUUCCCGUUUGGAGCGCGAGAUUCAAUCGUUGAGGGAGGAUACACGGGACGAGGGAGGAUCUAAGGCCACUGUAUUGCAGCACUUGUUGAAUGAUUCAAACAAGAGCAAGGCCAAGUUUGAACAGGAUUAUCUGGAGGAGCACCAGGCCAAGAUUAUUCUUCAGAGCGAGCUUGACCGCAUCCGUAGUGGCAAGGGUGAUGAGAGCGAGGUUGCAUUUGCUCUUCGCUCGACUUUGAACUCUUGCGAGAAGGAGCUCUCCGAGACCAAGAAGACUCUUGCCGAGAUGGAGACCAACCUUGAACAGACCAAAAAAGAGCUCGUCAUUGUCCAGUCCGACUUGCACAUGGUUGGAGGCGACAGAGUGUCAGCUUUGGGCGAGUGGAAGCUGAGCAACAGCAAGGAGUUCUUGACCCUUCAAGAAGAGCACGCCAAGUUGAUUGAGAAGAUUCAAUCUCUCGAGGCUGAGAACAAGCACUACCUCUCCCAGCUGAACCAGGUCUUGACUGAGAAGGACAGUCUUUCGAAGCUGGAGCUUGAGCAGCGCGAUCGGAUGUUGCAGCAGGAGCGUGCACAGUCGGGUGAGGCCCAGGAGGCUCAUACCCGAGAGCAGCUCGAGACCAAGAACCUCCACUUGGAGCAGCAGCUCGAGCAGAUGACUCAGCAGAUGAAUCAGUAUAGCGUGAAGCUCAACCGUGCCAGGGAGUUCAUUGUCCAGCAGGACGCUAUAAUCAAGGAAAACAACACUAGACAGCCUGCCGAGGGCUACAGUGAAGCUGUCCAUUCCUUGCAGGUCGAGCUCGCCGCCAAGGAAGAGGAUGUUAAAUCUCUCAAGCGCCAAAUGCACGAGCAGGAGGUUCAGGCCCGCAUGGAGCAGCAGUUGAUGACCUCUGCAUGGCACGACCAGCUCCGGAAGGGCAUUCGGGAUAAUGUGAUUUCUCAGCACCAGCGCAUUGCGCCUACCUCUUGGCUCGGUGUCCAGCGCCGUGUCUUUAGUGCUCAGUUGGGCGUUCGUCAUUAA